AUGCCUCCCCACGAUCCCCGGCCCCCACCGCCUUUGGUGAUCCCCGAUUUCGUGUUGAGGGUGGAGGACUUGUCACAUCCUGGGGCAUCGAUCUUCUUUGAUUGCGUCAAGCCCAGGGAAGCACUGAAGCUCGCUGUAGAAGCAUCUUAUACCUGGCUUUACACCUCGCUUACGGCCCCCACGAAUGUAAAAACCAUCACACUCGUUCUCAGACCGUUCGAUGGCGUAGCGUAUACUUUGGGCACGCAUGAGAUGAAAGAGAUCAAUUUCUCCCUCGACUGGAUCAAAAAAUCAGAGGCCCGUGCACGAGAUGAAAUAUUAGGCGUGCUGGUUCAUGAGGUUGUACAUUGCUAUCAGUACAAUGCACAAGGGACAUGUCCAGGGGGUCUCGUCGAAGGUAUCGCAGAUUUCGUGAGGCUGCACGCUGAUUUAGCUCCACCACACUGGAGACCCAAAGCUACGGAGAAGUGGGACGCAGGGUACGAUGCUACGGCAUACUUCCUCGACUGGAUCGAGAAGCGCUGUGGCGAGGGGACUAUCCGAAAGCUUAAUGGAUCCAUGAAGGAUUCGAAAUACAGAGUCGAUCUCUUCGAGGAUGUUACCGGAGAGAGCGUAAAUUCCCUGUACGCACUGUAUUGUGAACAUCUGGAACGGAAGAGUAGCGGUGAGAUAUCUCAUUCAUGA